AAAAAGCACUGGCGCCCGGAUUGGUCUAGCGCCAGAGCAACUCGGGCAAGUUUCGGCUUCGUUUUUUCUUUUUUUUCUUCUCCCCGCCACCGCGGCCGCCGCGGCGACGAUGUUUCGAACUCCGAGAGAAGCAGUCGAAACCGUCCACGAUCGACUUACUAAUCCCACAUAGUCCUUUUUUUUUUUUUUUUUUUCGGCGACUUGUCAAACAUUUUACGAAAAGUCCAAUCCAUUUGUGGCGUGAUCCGCCAACGUUCAACCUGCCUCCUCUUUCUUUUUUUUUCCUCUCCUUUUACAACCGCUACGCUUGUUCUACCAGACUGCCCCGUCGCCCAAGCGGAACUUUGCGAGCCCCCACCAUGGCCGUGCUCGCUUUUGUGCCUUCGCGGCCGGUUCGCUGGCGUCGCCACGCGCUGUGAACGUCGUUCUGGGAAGGCAACGCACACACACAAGGCCCAACGAAACAGCGGUGUGUUUUCGGCAAGAACUGACGACAACGGACGCCGCAAACCCGUGCGAAUAUGUGAGUUCCGUCGCGGUUGCAGUGGCCGCUGUCCGGACAGUUGCUCUCGCGCGCUGUCAAAGCGUACCCCGUGAACUGCUCGAAGGCUGCCUGUGUUCGCGAGAACCGAACGUUGACGCUGUGACGCCGCCAGUGCGGGCUGCAACUGAGUUCUUUAAGUUAGAUCCGUAGUUACCGGCGUUCGUGACUCGUUUACGUUCUCCCACCGUGGCCGGGUGAAAAAGAACGCGGGACAAUUUUCGUUCGAGUAAAAACUCGCCGUCUACGCGACCUCUGCUAGGCCGCUUGCUUCCGCUGGCCUCGGGAGCGCGCAAAAGUCGUCCGGUUGGUGCUUGGUUUUCUUUUCGCAGCACCGUCAUUUCGACAUUUUAUAAGCGUUGCGAUUGUACUUUUUUUUUUUUUUUUUUUUUUUUUUUUCGAACGCCAUACAAUUGUGCUGUCGUUCCAAACCGCGGAUGGGAAAGUUCUACACUUGGACAUUGAGCAACUUCGGCACGUACUACCAGCAGCGACCGCUGCACGAGGAUUUUAACAGGCAAGAGACGCUGUUCGACGCCUACCCUGCCUCGCCCGGACACCAGUUUUCGUGCCUUCGACCCUUUUCUGCAGUGACGGUGCCGGCGGACGUAGGGCGACCGAACUCGCGACCACUGCUUCCCGCUUUUGGAAAGAUAUGUGUUAGGCCCUGGCCUGUACCACGCCACACAAAACGUUGUGGCACUCGCCCCCAGUACACUGUGCCCCAAGCUCCAAAUCUUCAAGCAACACUCAGCCCCAUCGACAAAGCCGUUGCUUCUGGGCCUUCCACAGCAACACAGGCUUUGCCUGGCUACGAUGGAGUGGUUCAAUAUCCCCAAUGUGCAAACAAUGGUGCAUCAAAAAGUGUGCAUCUGAAAGUGCCCCUUCUCGAGAAAAUACCAUAUCACUGUGAUAGCUCCAUGCCGAGGAAAUUCCGCUCCAAGGCGCGGUCUCCGGCGAGCCUUCCCUCAGAGAUGCAAACGCCACUGAGCCUUCCUACCAAGGUGAGAGUGCCAAUGGGCCUUCCUUCCAAGGCGAAGAUCAAAGUUCCACAAAGCAAGAUCUCAAGAGCGAAUGGAACAGCUCACAAGUCUCCUGCAGCUCAACCCCCUGCAAAGCCAGUGCCGAAUCCUGAGAUGGCUAAACAAGUGCCUACCAUCGAAAUCAAAGUACGUAGCGAGAAAGUGCACAGCAGUAAGAGAGCGAGGGUGUUGCGUAACCUGGCCGUAGCUGCUGACGUCGAAGAUGUGUCGGAUGUACCAUUGGAGGAAUACUGUGAAGAUGGUUCAGCCUUAGCCGCUAAGCGAUGCAGGAAUACAUGCACCAAAGCAAGGAAACGGUUGCGUAAGGCACCUUCUGGAGUAAAGCGGAAACUCCCCCAGCUGGAUGACAUGGAAGACGUAUCGGACACCCCUUUGGAAGAGAAUGAGAGCCAGAGUUUGUCGCCCGACUCUGCAGACACUGACACCGUAACUCAAGACUGUCCUAAGAAGGUGCACAAUGCGGACACAGCUCUGCCUAAGGCAGAAGAGCCACUGCCACCUGUGAUUGAGGAGUACUCAUCCAAGUCAAACUUAUCUCAUUUGGCCCAUCCAAGGACUAAUGCUGACAUACAAGCUGAAGGUGACAGUACUUCAGAUGGCACUGACAAGCUAGCUCAAGAAGCACACAAAGUUGCUGCAAGGUUUCAGGAGACUGAAGAUACAGAUAGCUCAACUGACCUUGAACUUCCCAACAUCAAAACUCCAGAUAGGAAGGCUGAUCUUGAGACACUGGGAGGUGUAGAUGGAGCAUCACAUGAAACUGACUGUGCAGGUGGUUUCCACCACGGAGAUGCUCUUAGUAGCACACAGGACUGGGAGAUUGGUGCUUCUGGAGCACCAGAAAAGAGUGUCAAAGGGACUGGAAAGCAUUCAGUAGGAAUGCCUCAGAUCGACGUACCAAAUGAUUCAAAGGACCUCAAGCAAAAGAAUGUUCAAACAGCAGGCUGCACUUCAAAUACAAAGAAAAUGACAGUUCAAAGAAAAACGAAGAAUGAUGCCAAGUCCCCUCGGGUGAAAAGAAAAUCUGAUCUAAACUGUACCAAGCCUGUUGACGCUACGCAAGAAAGCUGUGUGCCACGCAAAACAAACGUAAUACCAAAGGAGGCAACCAAGACAAUCCAGAGGUCCAUCAAUGUGACACAACCAGACGACCCCAAAGACUCGGCAGCCGCCAUCACAGAACCACUAAAUCCAACAAAAAAUGUAAAUCUUGAUGUUGCAGAUGGCUUGGAGGGGCCUCAGCCUGCUAACAACAUCCAGACUCAAGACAGCUGCACUAAUGAAGCAAAACAAAAGACAGAGAAAAUGGAGGAUGCAAAAGCAAAACAGCCAGAGGUCCGUGAUACAGAUGUCCCAAAGAAGGACAAGCUCAAGAGCAAACAAAUUCAAGCCAUUCAAAGCACUGAUGCCAAGAGAAAAACACCUCCAAAAAGAACAGUGAAGGUGAAUAACAAGUCAUCAAAGCUUCAAGCUACCCUUAGUUUAAGAAGUAUGAAAUCACCUAGCACUGCUCUAUCAAGGAAAGAGCCUGCUGCAGUGCUUGCACCAAAGAGAACCGAAAGUCCAGACCGAGUGCCAGUUGAGGCUGAAUGUGCUGAUAACUCAAACAGCCUUCAGCUUAUAGGCAGUGUUCAAGCAGAAAGCCACAGUGAUUCAGGCGUUGUGGAUGAUGCUCUUUCUAAAAAAGUGGAAGAGAAUCUUGGUCUAUCACAACCUAAACCGUGCAACUUGGAAGUCUUUUCAAAAGACUCUGCAUCUAGUGGCCUGCCCACUACAGUACCGAGAGCAACACAGAAGAGAAACGCGAGCUCAUCUGGAGCUAAAGACUGUCGUGUUACCAGGAGCAAACAUGUUCAAGAGGCUGAUACCCCUGCUGUCACACAAGCAUCUCCCAGAAAUCUAAAAAAACGAAGAGCAAGUGUAUCGGAGCUUGAAGAUUCUCGCAAUCUGCAGGGUCUUGUCCUCGCCAUCAGGGGUGGUUCCGCUGAAGAACCAACUGAACCUCUUAACAAAAAGAAAAGAAGUGCAAGUUUGUCUGCUGUUGACAAAGCUCAUUGUGUGCAAGACCUCAAGCUUUUGGACAGUAUUUCAAGCCAAGGCAUGAGCAUUUUUCAAGUCAAGCAACCUUCUCGGUCAGAUCUGACAUUCCAUGUCACUGGAGGAAAGUCUACUGUCAAGCAAGCUGAACCUCUCGGUGAUGCAAACAAAGACUUGCCUAAAGUCAACAAACCUCGUGAUCUGGAGGACCUUGAAUUCAAUGCCAGCGCAUCAACUCAAGAGGUGUGCAGUUUUCAGGCCGAACAACCUACACAGCCUUGUACAGUAGACAUAAAUGCAAAUGAAGUGGAGGUGCAGAGCAAAGAAGACAAAAUACCAGUGGACACAACACCAACUGGAGAAGAAUGUGCUUCUGACACCUUGAAGACAGCCCCUUCAGAACUGGAGAAAGGGUCUACAACAGCAUGCAAACCUGAAGACCUGCUUGAUUUGGGGGAUGUCAAUCUUCAACUGCAUGACACCAUGACUGAUUCAAAAGACAUGAAACCGUGCAAUGUUCAAGUUCAGGACUCCAUGCCUGAUUCAGAUGGUAAGAAGCCUUGCACCCUCCAGCUUCAGGAUAUCACGCUCAGUUCAAAGGACGUGAAGCUUGAUGAACUUCAACUUCAGGGAACCAAGCUUGAAUCAGAAGAUUCGAAGACCGAGGUAAAACUGGACUACCUUCAAUUUAAAGGCCUAACGAUGAAAUCAAACAAAAAGGUGAAGAAAAAGAGCUCAAGCGGCACAAAUACGUCGAUGCGUUCAGUUUGGUGUUUCGCACGAAGAAGAAAAACAAAGAAAAUAGUCACAAAGAAAACGGAAGACGUGAGCAGUAGCAUCAGAACUGAGGCCUCUGCCACACCUGAUAUGACAGACAGUGGCAUAAAGCUUGCUCUAGGUGACCUAUGCCUGGAGACUAUGCAGUAUGAUGACUGCACCCACGAAGACAUUCUGGAACCAGCGAAUUUACUUGAUACCGAGCUAUGUCCUAGUGUAACAGUUGAAACAGAAGUACAGAGUCCUAGCAGAGUCACGGACUCAAGCCAGGACUGCAAAAGCAUUACUGCCACCCCUAAAGGAGAAUCACCAGAUGGGGUUUCACACAAGGAGGAAUUUAGGUCUGGAAACAUUUUAGAAAAGGAUGCCACAGCAGUAGUAGUUCAUGUACCUGAACCCAAAGUCAGUGUAGUGGUGCAAGAGCCCAAAGUCACGCUAGUAGCAUUGCAGUGCAAGGACAGCACAACACCAUUAGAGCCCAAGAUCAGUGCAACACCAGUGCAGCCCAAGGACAGAGGAGCACCAAUGCAGUUCGCAGGCAGUGCAGCAACAUUGCAGCCCAAGGGCACUCUGGCAGGCUUCCUUGGUGCACCUCAAGGUGAAACCACCACAGCAGCCUUGCUUCGCAGUUCCCUUCUUGACUUGGACCUGACAACCGGCCUUAGCAUCCUAGACGUGUGCCAGACUGACUCUCUGAAGCUGAAAGAGUUUCGGGACAGGGCAAGAGGUGACAAGGUAUCUAAAGAACGAGCAAUGCAGGACGUUGCCAAGGCAGUUCACGGUGCUAUUGUUGAUGAAUAUUUCAAACGCGAACGUGCCGUGAGGACUUUGAAGCUUCUGGCGAAAAUUCCAUUUGCAAAGGAACAUGAUGCUGUAAUUCGAACACGGCAGCUGAUUAAGGCAGUUGUGACCAACGCUAUGGACAAUUCAAAGUCAGUCCCUUGACUUGUUCAGUGCUGCUGUCUUCUAAUGGCCAGAGUGAGCAAAACUGUAAGAAGCAGCUGUGCCUUAUCAUCUUUCAGUGUUUCCAAUCUACCACACAGACAACAUGUGAUAACCAAGGGGGCCUUUGUGUUUGAUAGAUACCAAAGAAAUAAUCUUUUCAGGAUGCUUCUUUAAAGUUGAAAAGAAACUUUGCCAACACCCCAUGCUAAAACUUCCGUUGGCUUCCUCUUGAAAUAGGAAUUUCCAUGUUGGAUGCGUGCGUUUCAGUCACAAUGUAAAUAGAAAACUGAAGAUGCACGUGGUCACUCGUAUCACUUAGUAUUUAUUGCCCACAAUGUUCUUGCCUUCAACGACCAUACACUGCUGCCUGGUGCUCAUCUUGUCUUUGCUUCUACAGGUGCCUGGAAGUGGGCUUUCAAAGAUCUUUGUUACCAAUCAUGUUGAAAGCGUAUUAAGAGUCAAUUAUUCCCGUUGACAUUACCACAGUGCCCUAACAUCAAUCAUGUCUGUAUGUUCAGCCCUAACAGAUGAAAUAAAAUUCUUCACC